GUCCUGUGCCCCGGAAGCGUCACCCUGUGCCCCGGAAGCGCCUGUGCCUCGCCCGGUGCCAGCAGGCCGCGGAGCCGCCGCCAUGGGGGUGCCGGCCUUCUUCCGCUGGCUCAGCCGCAAGUACCCCUCCAUCAUCGUCAGCUGCGUGGAGGAGAAGGCUAAAGAGUGCAAUGGUGUCAAGGUUCCAAUCGAUACCAGCAAACCCAACCCUAACGAGGUGGAGUUCGAUAACCUCUAUCUGGACAUGAACGGCAUCAUUCACCCUUGUACGCAUCCAGAGGACAAGCCAGCGCCCAAAAAUGAAGAUGAAAUGAUGGUUGCGAUUUUUGAGUAUAUCGACAGGAUCUUCAACAUCGUAAGACCACGGCGACUUCUUUACAUGGCUAUAGAUGGAGUAGCUCCACGUGCAAAAAUGAAUCAACAGCGGUCCAGGAGAUUCAGAGCAUCAAAGGAGGGCAUGGAAGCUGCUGAAGAGAAGCAAAAAAUCCGACAAGAAAUCCUGUCAAAAGGUGGCAUUCUUCCUCCAGAAGAAGUGAAAGAGAGAUUUGACAGCAACUGUAUUACCCCGGGAACUGAGUUUAUGGACAAUCUUGCUAAAUGUCUCCGCUAUUACAUUGCUGACCGCUUGAACAGUGACCCUGGGUGGAAGAAUUUGACAGUUAUUUUGUCUGAUGCCAGUGCUCCUGGUGAAGGUGAACACAAAAUCAUGGAUUACAUUAGGAGGCAAAGAGCUCAACCAAACCAUGACCCAAACACUCACCACUGCCUGUGUGGGGCUGACGUAGCUGAUCUGAUAAUGCUUGGGUUAGCCACACAUGAGCCAAACUUCACUAUAAUUAGGGAAGAGUUUAAACCAAAUAAGCCCAAGCCAUGUGCUCUUUGUAACCAGAUGGGUCACGAGGUCAAGGAUUGCCAAGGUUUGCCCAGAGAAAAACAAGGCAAGCACGACCAGUUUGCAGACAGCCUUCCCGUGGCGGAGCAGGAGUUCAUCUUCAUCCGACUGUGUGUUUUGCGAGAGUAUUUGGAAAGAGAGCUCACCAUGGCCAGUCUGCCUUUCACUUUUGAUUUUGAAAGGAGUGUUGACGACUGGGUGUUCAUGUGCUUCUUUGUGGGAAAUGACUUUCUCCCCCAUCUGCCCUCCUUGGAGAUCAGGGAGGGAGCAAUUGAUCGCCUGGUUAACAUAUAUAAAAAUGUGGUGCACAAAACCGGGGGCUACCUCACCGAAAGUGGCUUUGUCAACCUGCAGCGGGUGCAGAUGAUCAUGUUAGCUGUAGGAGAAGUGGAAGACAGCAUUUUCAAAAAGAGAAAAGAUGACGAUGAUAAUUUUAAAAGACGACAAAAAGAAAAAAGAAAAAGAAUGAAGAGGGAUCAGCCUGCCUUCAUUCCCGGCGGACAGUUUUCCCCUCAAGCGCUGGGCAAUCGAUCCAGUCCCCAGGCAAUCAGCAACCCCAGGCAGGCCGCCUUCGAGAUGAGAAUGCACGACAGGCCGAACGCUACGCCUUCGUCCUCUCCAAAUACCAGCCUCACAUCUGAGGGCAGCCCGUCCCUGGCAGGAGGAAUUAAGCGAAAAGCUGAAGACAGUGACAGUGAACCUGAGCCAGAGGAUAAUAUCAGGUUAUGGGAAACUGGUUGGAAACAGCGCUACUACAAAAACAAAUUUGAUGUUGAUGCAUCUGAUGAGAAAUUCCGCCGUAAAGUUGUACAGUCCUAUGUGGAAGGGCUUUGCUGGGUUCUCAGAUAUUAUUAUCAGGGCUGCGCAUCCUGGAACUGGUAUUACCCUUUUCACUACGCUCCCUUCGCUUCCGACUUCGAGGGGAUCGCAGACAUGCCGUCAGAUUUUGAGAAAGGCUCAAAACCGUUCAAGCCCCUCGAACAGCUGAUGGGAGUGUUUCCAGCCGCCAGUGGGAAUUUUCUGCCGCCGACGUGGCGGAAGCUCAUGACAGACCCGGAAUCAAGCAUAAUUGACUUCUACCCUGAAGAUUUUGCUAUUGAUUUAAAUGGGAAGAAAUAUGCUUGGCAAGGUGUUGCGUUGCUGCCGUUCGUCGAUGAGCGACGCCUCCGAGCUGCGCUGGAAGAAGUCUACCCUGACCUCACUCCCGAAGAGAGCAGAAGAAACAGCCUUGGUGGUGAUGUUCUCUUCGUUGGAAAGCACCACCCGCUUUGUGACUUUAUUGUAGAGCAGUACAAGACCAAAAAUACGGAGCCGGUGGACAUCCCCCCCGAGCUGUGCCACGGGAUCCAGGGCAAGCUGACGCUGAAUGACAACGCUGUUCUUCCAGAGCAGACAGUGGAGUCUCCUGUUCCAAUGCUGCGGGACCUUACACAAAAUUCUGCCGUCAGUAUCUCUUUCAAAGAUCCACAAUUUGAUGAAGAAUUCAUUUUCAAGGCUAAUGUGUUACCUGGUGCAAAGAAACCUGCUCCAGUUCUGAAGCCUGGAGACUGGGAAAAGACCAACAACGACGGCAGGCCUUGGAGACCACAGCUUGGCUUUAACCGAGACAGAAAACCCGUCCAUUUGGACCAGGCAGCAUUCAGAACGCUGGGGCACACGAUGCCGAGGGAGCGAGGGAUGCCGGGGAUGUACGCCAACGCCGUGCCCCUCGGAACCUACGGGAGCCCCUAUGCGCGGCCGCUGAUGGGCGCGCAGCAGCAGAUUCCCAAGCUCUUGUCCAAUCUGCGGCCGCAGGAGUCCUGGCGAGGCCCCACGCCGCUGUUCCCGCAGACCCCGCAGAGGACGGCGGGCGCCGCUCCUCUGCUGGCCUGGAACCGCAUGCUGCAAGCGCAGAACCAGUACCAGCCGGGCCAGUUCCAGGCGCUGGGCGGGCCCAUGGGCUACCCGCAGCGCCCCGAGGAUCGCAUGGACCGGGGACGGCAGGGAUACGGCCCCGGGAGGCCCUACCCGCUGCCGCCUCCGUCGGGAAGAUACAGCUGGAAUUAGCUCUUGGCUUUCUUGUGAUUUUUUAAGUAUAGAAAAUGUCCGGGGUUUUAUUUUUCUGUUCUUUUAUUAAUCAGGGGGAGGGUGGGGAAUGGAAUCCUUCCGAAACAUCCCUGUACUUUUUAAACUACGUGCACAUUUCUUACCAAACCGAUUAUUUUUUUGCUGCGGGGCUCGGAAAUAACGUGUCGCAAAGUCCGAGCGAGCUCGGCUUGCUAAUUGGAGCCGUUUGAUGAGGUAGGAGAGCGGGUUUGUCUUUAUUACGUGUGCGCCUGUCACUCCAAGCGCCCUUCACUCCACACACAAGAGCCUCCAACAGCCGGAGUUUUGAAGAACGCAUAGAAAUGGGGUUUGAUGAACUCGGGGAGGACGGGGCGAGCGCGGCGCUUGGGGACACGGCACGGCGGCGCUUGGGGACAUGGCACGGCGGCGCUUGGGGACACGGCACGGCGGCGCUUUCCUCCUCAGAUGCUCCUGGAAUUUCUCACGGAGAGGAGACCUUUUGGACUUGGAAGUAAAACAUUUCAACUCCUACAACUUGUGCCUGUUUUUGACUUUGUUAUUGUAACACAAACAAGCACGGGGAGCGUAUUUGUCUGUUUUGAUAUGUAAUUUAAAAUAGCCGCAAAGUGCAGGCUUUCCAUUCAUUUUUAGCACUCUUUCUAGGGAUUUUCUGUGUGAGCAUACCAAAUCAGUAAAUAUUUUUAUUUGCUUUAUAAAGUGGCUUUUGAAAUUGUGA